AUGGCUAAGCCCUUGUAUCAGGCCACUACAGGUUCAGAUAAAGAACCCUUUGAAUGGACCAAGGAUUGUCAGGUGGCAUUUGUUAACAUUAAGACCACUUUAGUCAAUGCUUCAGCCCUUGGCAUUCCUGAUGUCACUAAACCAUUCACUUUGUAUAUGGCUGAAAGUAAAGGAGUGGCUACUGGGGUCCUUACUCAAACCCUUGCCUCCCGACCGGAGUGGUAUCAGAUCGCACUCCUUGACAACCCAGAAGUUCACAUCAAGCACAGUAGCAGGUUUAAUCCAGCAACCUUUCUUCCCCAACUGAAACCGGAUAGUGAUUAUGAUUGUGUGCAGACUGUUACGGAAGUAUUUUCUGGCCAGCUGGAUUUAACUGAAGAAGCAAACAGGGACCUGUAUACAGAUGGCAGCAAUUUUAUGAGUCAGGGAGAAAGGCUAGCUGGCUAUGCUGUGGUCACAUUGGAUCAGGUAGUGGAAGCAGCAGCUCUCCCUGCAGGUACCUCAGCUCAAAAAGCUGAACUCAUUGCCUUGACGAGGACCUUGGAAUUAUCAGAGGGAAUUCUGGAAAAAGCCAGGCUCUAUUUCGCAAGAAAGACUCUACCAUCUUUGGAAGAAAGGAAAAAAUAUGACUAUGAGUUUGCAACUUCCACCUCCUUCCAUGGAGUCAACAAUAUUAUUCAUACCAAGAGCAAGACACGCAAGAUCUUAUGGAUGGUAGUAGUCUUGGGCUCCAUUGUCCUAGUUGCCUGGCAGGUUUAUUGUCGUUUCUUCAAUUAUUUCAGCUGGCCCACCACAACCUCAGUUGUAGUUCAAUAUGUGGAAAAGAUUGAAUUUCCUGCUGUAACAUUUUGUAAUCUGAACAGGUUCCAAACUCAAGCAGUAGCUAACCUGAGCAUCGUUUUCUUCCUCUGGAGCAUAGUAUCAGGAGUUCUUCGUAUGUUCAGUACUGAUGAUAAGUUUAGUCAAGAACUACAAGAUUUUUUUCAAGGGAAUCAAAAUUUCAGCAUCAAAGAAUUCACAAGAGAUAAUGGUUUCUAUCUUAACAGCAGCACAUUGCUGAGUUGUGAAUUUUUUGGGAAAAAAUGCCAUCCAAAGGACUUUGCUCAUGUCUUUACUGAAUAUGGGAACUGCUUUACUUUUAAUCAUAUUAACCUUCCUACAAGAAGAAGAGUUAGCCUUUCUGGAAGAGGCCUCAGUUUGAUUUUUGAUGUCAAACAGAGUCAGUUCACUGAUGAUCCUAGUCUUGGUUUUGUUGAUGCUGGCAUAACCUUUGCUAUCCACUCACCUAAAGAACCUCCCCGAUUUGAUGGUUUAGGUGUUUUUACACCAGUGGGGAUGCAUGCCCAUGCUGCAAUCCAAGAGGUAAAAACAAUUAUCCAAGAAUACCCUUGGGGAGAAUGCAACCCAGAUAUCAAGCUUCAGCAUCAUCAAAUCUACAGUACAUAUGGAUGUCUACAAGAAUGCAAGGGCCACCUUAUACAAAAGCACUGUGAAUGUUUACCUUUUAUGCUGCCAGGAAAUGGCACAGAAUGUGACUUGGAGAAAUUUUACAGCUGUGUUUCUCCUACUUUGUAUAAAAUAGAAUUCAUGGGAUUGUGCACAGUAGGAACACAUAAUUCCACAUGUCCAGUACCAUGUGAAGAAACAGAUUACCCAAUCACCAUCUCGUAUUCUACUUUUGCAAGUGAACAAGCUCUGAAAUUCCUAUCUGCAAAGCUGAAGAAAAAAACAGAAUAUGCCAGGAAUAAUCUUGUAUAUAUUGACAUUAAAUACCACAAUUUGAAUUACAAAAUGACCCAGCAGCAGAAGGCACUGAGUGUAUCAGAACUGUUAGCUGAUAUUGGUGGUCAACUGGGCUUAUUUUGUGGAGCUAGUAUGAUUACCAUAAUUGAAAUUGUCGAAUAUGUUUUCACCAACUUCUAUUGGAUGUGUGUUUUUCUUCUACUAAAAGCACCAAAAUUGCCUGAUUGGGACACUUCAAAUCAGAAUGAACAAAUGCACAAGAGAAGAAUACAAGAGUGCUAAGACCUUGCAGAAAACAAAUACACGGCAUUUAUUUUUAACAUCUUUGAUACUAGAGGAAAAUAAGGCCUUAGUAUCAUUACUCAUUUUUUAUCAGGAUAGCAAAAAGUCCACUUUAUGCACCUAUCUGUACAGAGUAAUAGUUACCUAUAUUAUUACAUUAUACUUUGAAAACAGUCCAGAAAUUUCAACUGAUGUGAAACAGCAGCCAGUAAAAAUGGUGGUCACUCCAAUCCCAUUAUGGCUGGGCUUUGCAAUUUGUUGCCAUUAUUUAAGUACUGCUUUAAUAUUCAAAUUGUUCAAGAAGAUCUUAUUCCAUAUAUCUGGUAGCAAAAUUCCCCAAAAACAUUUCUCAAUCUGUAGUUACUGUUUGGUACUCUCAAUUAUUAAAAGUGGUAGCUGCAAUGAAGAGACUUUUUCAGUUGUAACCCCCUUUUUCUGAAAAAAUGCCUGCUACCAAAGGGAUUUUCCCCAAACUUGCAUUAUAAUCUUUUCAACAGCAUGUGAAAGCUUUGGACAUGAAUUAAUGGUUUAUGAUCUGUCUGUGUUCCUAAUGUUGCUUUAUUGAUGUGUUGCAUUACUUUUUAGCUUCAAGUAAUAACUUAUUGCAUAGUUAUAUUGUUUGUUUUUUCCUUAUCUUUCUUUACCUUAAGUAUUUAAUUCAUAUCACUGCAAAACAUAGAUCCUUAGAUAGUUUUAUUGAAUAAUGAUAAGCAGGAAGUGGUUAGUGUACAGUUAAGCAUGUCAUGUUAAUCUAAGAAAAGGAUCAAGUAAAGUUCGAUUAACCUUGAUUAAGUGGAUCAUGUAAAUACAACCACUAUGUGAAUUUGCUUAAUAAUCUGUGACUGUAAGAUUGUAAGACCUCUACCUAACCAUAAUUUUUUUUGUCAGGAAAAUUUAGAUUAAAUUUGGUUCAUUUCCACAUAUUAAUUUAUUGAUAUAUUUUUAUCAAGAAAAUGUAUAUUUAUAUAUAGGGUAGAACUUUUCCUGAAAUAUGCAUUUUUUAUUCAGUUAUUCUUCUGAAAUGAAUUUAUUUUAAUACAUUUGUUUUCUAAAGCAAUUAAUUACUACAAAAGCAACACAUGUGUUUUUAUGCAGUUGCACAUAAUAACAGCUGCCUAAAGAACAUCAUUAGUGACAAGGUUUUUUAUAAACAUCAUUUAAUAUAUAGAUACAUUUUCAUACAUAACAAGAGGAAAAUAUGUGGCUAAAAUGAAGUAAAUUUAAGUUUCUGUGAUUACAGUGUAUUGCCAGCAGAUGUCCUACUCAUCUUUCUCUUUUAAUUUCUAGUAUUUUUUUUUUAAAAAAAAAAACAUGACACAAUGUAGGAAUGACUUUCAUUCAUUUGUGGAAUCAAUGAAAUAUGGAAAUGCAUUCCGCUAAUUCCACCAGAACAGCUAAUAGAGGCAGUUCUUGCUUGGUAUCGAUAUAAACUGAUAGUGCUUUUGUACUGAAAUAUUUUCCAGCUGCUUCACAUCGAACUUAUAUUUUGACCCUUAGGAAAAAAGACCUAUUGGAAUUCUUAGUUUAAGAAGAAAAAAAGACAACUAAGGAUACAUGUGAUAAGAAUUAUAAAGUUAUAAACACUUAUACAUAGUGGGGUCAAAAUUGCAAUUAUUUCUUCCAGUACUUGUUGCAUAAAAACAAAGUCAGAUCAGAACUUAUUCAUGGGGCACUGAAGAUCUCAAAAGGGAUAUUUUGCUUCAGAGGCCUAAUGUCUCUUCAAAGUGAUUUUCUGAAACAAAAUUGUGUCUCCUUUCUUAUCAGUAGAGAAGUCAAAUUACUUUGACAUCGACAAUGGUUACACUUUGAGACAAGACCGGCCCUGCCUUGACUUUUGAUAAGCAUAAAUUGAGUGUUAGCAGAUUUAGGACAAGCAAAGAAAUUAUAUUUUAUCUACUGUGGAAAAGUUUUACAUGAAAAUAGUUCAGUCCCUUGGUCAGUCCUUAGAAACCGGUUUCUGAAGGUAAGGCAAUGGCCAUUACUUUAGGUGACUUAAAAGGAUUUAUAUAAAUUCAGGAAAGAAGACAGGAUCAUAAUAACUCAAAGGAAAUAUAAUUGAGACAGUAAUAUGAAGCAAAGGAGAAAAAAACAAUUGUCUUUUUACAAGUUUCUCAAAAGGAGCUAACUGGUCACUGGGGAAAUAAGAAACUGGACCAGAUGGAAUGAAAAUCUCAUCUAGCAUGGAUGUUGGUGUGUUUAAUAGUGCAAACUGUUAAUAUAUCUUAAAAUAUUAUUUGUAAUUAUGUAUAUGUAUUGAAGCCAACUAGCACGUAUCAUAGCUUUUAAGUGCUAAAUUCUUUUUUUGCCUGGUUCAGAAAAUAAUUAUACUGUUAAAUGUAAUGCAACCCACAGAAAUGUAUCCACCACUUUAGUUUAGUAAAGUAAAACAGGGAGUCAUGGCAGAAAAUUUUUAGAAGUUUACAUAGUAUAGAAAAAUGAAGAUACUACUUCUAUCCAUUCUUGAAAAAUAUUUCCUGGAAAUGGCUCAAUCCUCUCAAUUGCAGAUAUUGAUGAGGCAACAUCAGUAUCUGAUGCUUGGCAUUCUUCCCAACUCUGAGAAUCCCCAAACAUCUGGAGAGAAGGCUGAUAUAAACAAUAGCAGAAUUGUUAUUUGGAAUAAGAAUUGUAAUAUCUAUUUUUUUAGAAGGGUCUGCAAACAAAUGCAGACAAAAUGAAUUAUAUAUUGAAACUCAUUAAUAAUUAUAGACACAGCAUUUGAAGAUUCACAGAAUUCAUUGUGUUACACAAUAUUCAAUGGUGUUUCCUAACUUGGUUUUUAAUACAACUCACUCUUGCUCUGCCUUUGUCUUUCUGUGAAUAUGUAUGUUUAAAUCAGUAUUCACUGCCUAAAGUAGUGGACAAUAUCAACCUCCUGGAAAAGUCUUUGCAUUUUUAUUGCCAAGAUUUCCGGAGUGAUUUGCCAUUGCCUUCUUCCUAAGGCUAAGAAAGAAUCAUUAGUCAAAGGUCACCCAGCUGGCUUUGUGCCUAAAGCCAGUCUAGAAUUUACAGUCUCCUGAUUUUUAGCCUAACACCUUAAUCACUAUACCAAAUUCUCAAAUUCCCAUUUAUUCAGGUAUGGCACAGCAAGUGCUUCCCUCCCAAAAUUUAAACAGACAACCAAAAAGAUGUCCCAGAUACCUGAGCAUUAUGGAGUCCUUGGUGCUCCUUGAGCUUGGUUGUUAGCUUACAGAUGUUUCAUUACCUGACCAGGUAAUAUCAUCAGGGCUAGUGAAUGUGUGGUUUGCUCCCUAUUUAUAUUAAGUAGUUUGCCAUGCCAAUGUUGAUGGGGUGUGGUUUGCUCCUUGAUAGUUCCUUGAUUAAUGUUUUCUGUUUCAUUUUUUGAUCUGGUGUUAAUCCCUGCUAAUCUGGGUGCAGCCUGUUGGAAAACAUAUGUUCUGGUCUUUUUUUUUCUUAUAUUUGUAUACAAUAAUAUUUAUUGUACUAAUUUUAUAGCAUCAAUAUUUUUAUAAAUAUAUAUUAUAAUAUAUAUAUUGUAAUAUUGUAUUGUAAUGUAUUGUAAUAAUAUUUUUAUUGCAUUAGUUUUAGAUUAGAAUUGACUCAUGGCUAAAGAGAUAACAGUGCAUAAAAUGUAAAACAAAACAGUCUCUGACAGAAACCUACCUAAAUGGUUUUCUUUAAAAAGAGUGUGUAGUCCAAAUCCAGUCCAAGAUUCCAAGAAUAAGGUCAGAUAGUCCAGAAGUCAAAAUUUCAUAGCAUAAUUCACACAAAUAUCAUAUAACAACCAAAUAUCAGAUGGUUGUUUCCAACAAGGGAUUAUGGGCUAGGACUGCCUUUUAAAUAAGAUUGCAACCAGGGAACAUUAAUCAAGAGAGGAGCCUAUAGAAGACAUCUUCUCUACUCUAUUUUGUUUGCUAGGUGCAGGGCCUUGGAGACCUUAUGUCAUCACUCUCUGACUUCUCUAGCAGCUGAGGUGGUACCUAUGUUUGAUCAGCCUCAAGUGAUUUGUGACUUUGUGUCUCCUAAAACUGACAUUCCACAGGUCCUGCUUCUUCACAUUCAAAGUCAUUGUCCAAUUCCUGGAUCAUGACAAAAGAAAACAAAAAAGACCAAUAUAUAUUUUUUUCAGCAGCCUGUAUGAUCUGUAUAUAUUAU